AACAUAAAACGGGGGUGGGGCUGGUCCCCAGCCAACUUUGACCUGCAAGACAAGCCACAAUGGCGAAUUUUUUUCCCAAACAGAAGAGAGGAUUUUAUGAGAAGAGCUCCCAGCUGUCCACUGUACUACAGAAUCUACGCAGCUACCAGCUCGCCACUGGAGAUGUCAGCUCAGCCAAGUUGACUCUGGCCAGAGAGAAAUUUGGUGAUGAUGAUGAACGUGUGUUUGCCGCUGUUGUCAAGAAUACAGUGGACAGACCGGAAGGACACGGCCCGUCUAUAAAGCAACACAGAAGGAGGAAACGAAGUACAACCAAGUGUAAUAGUUCUAUAACCUUUAUAUGCCAAUUUCUUGCAGAAAGAAAGCCAAAGAAGAUGAUUAGUGUCAUCCCCACACCCAGUAAGACACCAACCUCAUCCUCUGCACUGAGCAUGCUCAGUACGUACUCUGACUCUGACCAUAGUGACAAGCUUGAGGUACCCCCUGUCAUUAGAGAGAUGUUUACCGAGGAUAAAUCAGAAAGCAGCUUAAAAACUGAGACAGAUAAAUACGAGAUGUGUGGUCAGCUUGGAUAUUUUGACGGAGGGGGCUCAUCAAGCGACGAGGGACGUACCAUCGAGUUUCCACAGGAACCAUCAAUUACUGCACCCUCUGUUCCACUCUCUACUUAUGUUUGCUGGAAAUGCAAUAAUGUGGGUCACCUGCCUAAAGACUGCACUGUUACCGUGGGGAUCCGGAAGACUCAACCACAAUCAAAGACUAAAUUAUCAGCAGAGCUACGUACUCACUACGACCAGUGUAACAAGAUCAAGGCAAGGAAAGGCAGCAGAUGUGCUGAGUGUGGUAUUCAUAGCAACCUUGCUUCGUGUCUGGAAUGUGGUGUUGUUUUGUGUGAUGGCCGUGGACACUUGGCCUCUCAUCUCUCACAGCAUUCAACACACAACACUUUAUACUCACACAAGCUAAGAAGAAUGCUCAAGUGCUGCAAGGUGUCAUGUGAUGUGGUGGAUAUAUACGAGCUGGUCAUGUGCUCUGUGUGUCUGGGCAAAGCGUUUACGCAGCACUACUCUAUGAUCUCAGCCACCUGGUCAAAGUCUGGACUUAAAGCUAUUCCCAACGCCCUCUGCUGUGAGGAGCAUUUCCUUUGGCACAGAAUGAACUGCCCCAGCUCUAUGGAGGAGCAUUUCGUGUCAGCUGAUUCACUAGAGCAACAAUCUGGACAGAGUGGACUUGUUAGUGAAUUCUUUUUGUGACCAAAAUUGACCAAAAUUGAAAGUUUGA